AUAAAAAAACAAAAGAAAAAAAUCAAACGUAGUGCUGGUGAGAUGGCUCAGUGGAUGAAGGUGCUUAUUACCAAGCUUGACAGCCUGAGUUUGAUUCCUGGGACCCACAAGAUAGAAAGAGAGGACUGAUAUGCUGUGGCACACUCCCCACCUCCAGUAAGUAAAUGUGAUUUUAAAACCAAAAAGAAAAAAAAUUCUUUUUAUUUUCUUGGUAUUUUUUGAGACAGGGUUUUUCUGUGUAGUUUUGGUGCCUGUCCUGGAUCUUGCUCUGUUAGACCAGGCUGGCCUCGAACCCACAGAGAUCCACCUGUCUCUGCCUCCCUAGUGCUGGGAUUAAAGGUGUGCGCCACCACCACCUGGCACAAAUUUCUAAUCAGUUAGAUUGGGCAUGAAGCUGAGACAAGAAUUAUUGCUAGAGCCCCACCCCCACAAGAAAGAUGUGGGAGGAGUUGCCAAGAGAAAUCAAGAAUGAAUCAAUACAAAUAAAAAGAAAAUAGUGGGGACGCUAACACCAGAAUGGUUAGAACAGAAGGAAACUCAUGAGAAGAUUCCUGGGCUCAUCCCCAAAGACAAUUCCAUAAGUGUAACUAUGGAAACAGUAAACAUGCGUUCACCCAAAGAUGCAGUAAAACAGGAACCACCAGAAUCAGCACAGACUACAAAGGUUAGGGGCACAGUCCCAAUGAAACUAACCUCAUUUCAGACACAAGCUGCCAGUUCCAGGGUCUCCGGUCCACCCAGGCUUCUGGCCAACUGGCUACAAAGUCAGGAUUUCCCAUGGCCUCCUCAUGUUUGCUGUGCACUAGAUCAACUCACAGGAAAGCAAUGUUUUGGUCAGUGCUGGGUAUCAAACCCAGGGCUUUUGCACUGCUUGGUAAGCAUGCUCCAACUAAGCUACAUCCCUCUUGCUUUCACUCGUCUAAAAGCCAGACACAAUGGUGUGGGCUUGUACUCACUGUGCUUGGGGGGGCAGACACAGUCUAGUUAAUCAGUGAGAAACCUAUGUAAAAAAUAAAUAAAUAAAUGAAUGAAUAAAUAAAUGAAUAAAUAAAUAAAUAAGGUAGAGAUGGGCUGGAGAGAUUCCUCAGAGGUUUAGAGCACUUGCUGCUCUUACAUAGGACAAGUGUGAUCCCAGCUUCUAUGCUGGGUGGCUCACAACCUCCUAUAACUCCAACUUCAGGAUAUCUGAUGCCCUCUUGUGGCCCCCACAGGCACCUACACUCAAUUGUUCACAUACACACAGACACACAAAUAAAUACAUGUAACUUUUUUAAAGGUGGAAAGCAAUUGAGGAAGAUAUUCAAUAUUGACAUCUGGUUUCUGCACACACACACACACACACACACACACACACACACACACACAGUUUUAAAGGCACAAAAAGAAUAAAGGCUAUGAACAGGAGAAAUAUCCAUAGGGAAAUAAUAGCUUCCCAAAGACAUCUUCUUGCACAUGAUAAUUAUGCAAAAGUAAGCAAUAGCCUCCAUGAAUCCCCAAAAAGUCUGCAAAGGGGUCAGAGUCAGGCAGACCAAGGUUCAGCCAGCAGAAGUGUGCAGUGUUGCCUCUGGGUAGGAGAAAAGGUUUCAAAUAUUGAGGUGACUGGUGCUAUGAGAGAGGGAGCUGUCUGGAAGUGAUGGGGCUCAGGCCAGGUGGGAGAAGGGAAGGAGGGAUGGGCAGAUGAGAGAGCAGUGGGAACUGCCUAUUUUGAGGAUGGAAAGGUCCUGUGGGUGUGUAAACACUCCUGGAAAGAAUCUAGCAGAAGAGGAGAGGGAGAGGUGAAAGAUCUGGGGACAGCGGGUACAAAAGUUUGCAGGGCGAGCAUGAGGACCUGAGUUUGAAUCUCCAGCAUCCAUGUAAAAAGCCAGGCAUGGAUACUGGUGUGCCUGUAACCCUAGGGUUGGGCUGGAGCAGAGAUAAGAGGAUGCUGGUGCUGACUGGCUUCUGGCUUUGCUCCAGGUUCAGUGAGAGACCCUGUCUCAAGGGAAUAAGUUGGAGAGUGAUAAAAAGCAUCCAAACCUCUGGUCUCUUUGAGCAUGUGGACACACACACACACACACACACACACACAAGAUUCAGGGAGGAGGGAAACAUUGGAGACUGAGGUCUCUGGAAGAGGCUCCCAUCCAGUUAGGGCCAGGGGAAAAUGCACACCCAUCCUUCACCUGUAUGUUCACUACUCGGCUGUCCUAUCUGCUGCCUACCAGCCUGCCUCCACUCUCACCAAUGGAAUGCUAUAUGGUGCUACUAGGCUACCAGAGGUCCUUGUGACUCCAAAUUAUCCUGCCUCCAAAUCUGGGUCCCUACUGUUGCACCUGUGGCUGAAUGCAUCAGCUGUGUCCUUCUGCACCCUUGCCUCUCAAGGUGGGCUGCUGGUCUGCAAGUCAAGCCCUUCAGACUCAGGCUUUUUGAGCCUGGCUGCAGGGAAAGUCUGCUGGAACAGGAAUGGUAUGUGAAUUCGAGACUGCACUGUAAACGGGGAGACAGGAAGAAGAGUGGGGCUGUGAUCACAUGAAGAGCUCUUGUCCCCCUCCAGGGGACAUCUCCAUCAGAAGCAGCUCUGGUUUACCAGAUCUUUGAGUUUUUCAGGAUUUCUUCUUCUCCUCCUCCUCCCCCUCCUCCUCCUCCCCCUCCUCCUCCUCCUUCUUUCAGACAGGCUGGCCUCAGAUUUGCUAUGUAGCCAAGGAUGACCUAGGACUCCUGAUCCUCCUGCUGGGUUCUGGAAUGACAGCCAUGUACCACCAUGUGGGUUUUAGACACUACUGGGGAUGGAACCCAGGGCUUUUUGAGUGCCAGGGCAAGCACUCUGCUAACUGAGCCACAUCCCCAGCCUCUUUUCAAGAGAACUUGGGCAAUGCUUCUUACGUGAAUUCUCCAGAUGGGAGAAGCCUGUGGACUGCCAUUAAAGAUGAGUGAGAGGACAUGCAGAUGGUCAGCUCAAGCCUCCCGGGGGAGGAAACACUCCCCACCCCACCCCAAAUCCCACUCCUAGACAGGAAACAACUUGUAUGGUAACAAGCAAACAGGGAGAAGCCACUGGGACUGCUGUGGCGCAGAACGCGAAGAAGGGCUGGAGAAGGAUAGAAGCUGGAGGAGGCAGGGCCUGGGGCUACUGGAGGAAGCAAGAACUCAAAGAGAUAUCCACGGGUCCCCCAGUUCCUGAAGGUGGCCCUGAUGGAGCUGGCACAGUCGCCACCUGUCUAUCCUAGCCGACUCAAGGGUCCAGAUGUGGGCUGGGUUGGCUGCUCUGGACCUGCUGGAAUCAGGAGGGGUCUUCCCCAUUAACUGGCUGAUUAAAUGCCAAUUAGACCCAAUUUGUAACCCCGUCCGGGGAGGGGCGCCCUGAAGCCACGCCUACGCUUCAGAGGACAGUGGGGGUGUUGGCUGGGAACCCCCUUCCUCUUCCAUGCAUGCAGCCUCAGUGACAGUCGCCAACCGUGGCGCACGGACGCGCGCACCGCACCGGGCGAUGCAUUGCAGCGUGCGCUGCGCCCAGCACCGGCGGGCCCUGGGACGCACGCAUCCUGUCUCCAUCUCCACCCGCACCUCCCGCCCGGGGGGGGGGGGCCCUGGGAGACCUCGACAGCUCUAAGAGUGAAGAUCCCGUGAAGUGCCGGUAAAGGGUUCCCCCGGGGGUGGUCAGAGCCUCCCUGGCUCAUUCUAGAUGGAGGCACCUCAGGAAGGAGCUGGCUGAACCGCCGUGGCCUUCACCUUGUAGCCGCUGGUGACCACACCUCCCCUAGCGCAGAGGCUGCUGCCGGCGGGAAAUGCUGUUCCAGGGAUCUGGGAUGACACCUGACAUAUGUGACCUUCGAAGCUUAGGGGAUGGUCAUGCUUUGGAAGUGGACAAGGGACUGUGCCAUAGGUACCCUCAGGCGCGCCUCAAGCUUCCCAGCCUUGGGAGAGGCUGUUUCCCACAGUUAUGUUUCGGUGUGAGCCUGCUCCCCAGGACCCUGGUGGGAUCGCCAGGAUGGAGCUUGGCCCCACAACAAUGACCUUUGUGUUGGAGCUUCGAUGUCUUGAGGAUGGGGGUCCAGGACCUGACACCCUCUCAGGUGGCAGUGGUGGGAGUGAGAGCCAGGAGGAGGAAGAGGCUCAGGAGGGGAGCAGCAGCCCACAGCCGCCAGCACUCGCAGCCCCAGUAGGGGCCAGUAACAGCAUCGAGGCAGUGCAGUCAGGACAACGGGACUUGCAUCUGCAACAGUUAGAGCAGCAGCGAGAGCUGGAACAACAGCUGCAGCACAAGGAGCUGCAAGAGCAGCAGCCUCCGCAUCAGCUGUUAGGAUCUCAGCCAGAAUUGCAGCAGCAGCAAGAUGGGCAGCAAGAACUACAGGAAAACUUCCAGUCCGAGCAUCAUCAGGAACCAAAACCACGGCUGCAGUUGGUACAGCAGCUGGGACUUGGACAAGAGCAACAAUUGUUGCAGCAGCAGCAGAUGAUGAUGCAGCCCCAAGGCCAAGAGCAACAGCUGUUACAACAGCAGCAGGAACAGUGUCGACAGCAGCAAGUUCAACAGCAGCGACUCGUGCAGCGGCAAGAGUUGCUGCUGCAGCAGCAGCAGCAAGUACAAGAACAACAACUUGAGCAGCAAGUGCAACAGCAACAGCUAUUUCAGCAACAACUGCAAGAACAGACUUUGCUGCAGCAGCAGCCAAUGCAAGAGCAACAACAGUCACAGCAGCAGCUUCUCCAACAGCAGCAACUACUGCAAGAGCAGGGACAAUUGCUACAGCAGCAGUUGCAGCAGCUUGUGCAAGAACAAGCAUUGCAACAGCAAUUACAGCAAGUGCAAGGACAACAGCUGUUGCAGCAGCAUCAACAGGAGCAGUUAGAGCAGGAGCAGCUGCUCCAACAGCAGCUACUGUUGCAACAGCAGGGACAAUUGCAGCAGCAGGUACUGUUGCUGCAGCCACAGGGACAGCUACAGCAGCAGCUGUUGCUGCAGCAGCUGUUGCAGCAGCAGCAGACCCAGAUACAGUACCAACUAUUGCUUCAGCAAGAACAGUUACAGCAGCAACAGUUGUUGCAACAUCAGCAGGAAGAGCUGCAGCACCAGCAGCAGCUGCAGCCUCCUCUACUGGAGCCAGACAAGGGGGAAGAGGUAGCACUGGAGCUCCUGCCAGAGGACAUGGGGUCAGAGCAGGAGCAGCAGCGGCAGCGGCAGCGACAGCGGCAGCGUCAGCGUCAGCGGCAGCGGCGGGAGUUGGAGAGGCAGCAGGAGCUGGAGAGGCUGCAGGAACAGCAGCAGCUGAAGCUAAAACUGCAAGAGCAACUGCAUCAGCUGGAGCAGCACCUGGAGCAGCAGCAAUUACUAGAGCAGCUGCAGCAGCAACAGUUGGAGCAACAGCAGUUGCUAGAGCAGCUGCAGCAGCAGCAGUUGGAGCAACAGGAGGUGCACCUGGAGCUGACCCCGGUGGAGCUGUACACUCAGCAGCAAGAGCUGCAGCUGGAGCUGACCUCUGUGCAGCCCGACCUGCAGGUAGAGCUGGUGUCUGCUCUGGGAGGUGGCGCAGCGCCAUCUCCGGCCACCGUCGUGGUGGCCCCUCCAGGCUAUGUGGUGCUGCAAGAGCUCAUGGUGCUGCCCACUGUGGCCACACCCACUGUGGUGGCCAUCCAGGGCUCCACAGGGGAUGAGGCUCUGACGCCCACAAAACAGCGGAGGAAGCGGCGAGGCAGGGACAGGCCGACCAUCUGUGGGGAGUGUGGCAGGGGUUUCAGCCGCAGCACGGACCUGGUGCGACACCAGGCCACGCACACUGGGGAGAGGCCGUAUCUCUGCAGCGAGUGCGGCAAGGGCUUCUCGCAGCACUCCAACCUGGUGACCCACCAGCGCAUCCACACGGGCGAGAAGCCCUAUGCCUGCACCUACUGCUCCAAGUGCUUCAGCGAGAGCUCGGCGCUCGUGCAGCACCAGCGCACCCAUACCGGCGAGCGGCCCUACGCCUGCGGCGACUGCGGCAAGCGCUUCAGCGUCUCCUCCAACCUGCUGCGCCACCGCCGCACCCACUCGGGUGAGCGGCCGUAUGUGUGCGAGGACUGCGGGGAGCGCUUCCAGCACAAGGUGCAGAUCCGCAAGCAUGAGCGCCAGCUGCACGGGGCAGGCCGCUCCCGAGGGCUGGGCCUGCUGCGGUCUUCCAGGCCAGCGCCCUCCCGAGCCUCCACAAGGACCCAGAAAGCCUCUGUUUCCGGGAAGCCCUGAGUGGUGUGAGAGCCAUCCACACCUGGACCCUAGGUCAUGGUCUUAACUCCAAUUUGAGGUCUUUCUGGGUAUCUUGAAUUAUCCUUCAGAAAGGAAGACUUCCAUCUUUUCCCAAACUUGACCCCACAAUGCACCAAGUCCACAGAUUCACUCUUCCCCCAAAACCAUGCACAAGAGAACAUUUCCAUGUGGGUGAGAGGGACUACCGGAUUUUUCCCCCCAUCCUGGGAACAUUGGACUGAGAACUUGCCCGGUGGCAAAUAAUUUGUGAGGUUUGAUACGCCCAAACACUAACCGGCAAAUGUAAUGUGCAAUGUGUUGGGAGCUGGGAAAUGAAUGGAUCAUUCUGAAUACUUAAGGUGGAACUGAAAAGAGGGGCAGAUGGUAUAGCUCAUCUGGUUAGAGUGCUUUCCCAGCACAAAGCCCUGGGUUCCAUCUUCAGCUUCAUAUAAAUAUAAACGUGUGUUGGCACAUGUAACCCCAGCACUUGGGAGGUAGAGGCAGGAGGAUCAGAUGUUCGAGGUCAUCUUCAGCCACAUAGUGAGUUGGACAGCCUGAGUUACCUGAGACCCUGCCUAAAAACAAACAAACAAACAAACAAACAAACAAAAAAACAAAAAAACAAAAAACAAAAAAAAGGAAAGAAAGGAAACUGAUCUGCACAAUACAGUGAACUUGGUCAAGGCAAUGAAUUGUUGUAAGUAACAUAAACUUUGAAAAUACUUGUUGGAAUGAAAGGCCGGAGGGUGGGCAUGGUUCUGGUGCAAAUGCCUGUGGUCAUAGACACAGGGUCACAGUGGCAAUGGGACCAACGUGCAAAUGAAAGCCAGGAAGUCGUGUUCCAGGUGGAAGGUCAAACCUUCCUUCCUCAAGAGUCCAGACUACACACAUUAGAAGCAGGUUCUGGACUUCCACUGCAAUGUUCCCAAGCCACUUGUACCUCCUCACUGUCCCCUGGUAUAAGAGCCUGUGGCUGAAGCAGAGAUUUCCAAGAAGGAAAGAACCUGGAAAGAACUUCUGGGUAGUCCCCACCUAGCCUCAGCUGCUUAGGUGCUGCCCAAUUGGUCAGCACCGUGUGACCCAGGGGCUGCAGUCUCUGGCCCAGGCAGACCUUACCUCCUGGCUGGGGUGUGAAAUGAAUGUUGGGGACAAGGACUGGGGAUCUCAGAAAGGCUGUAAACCAUGUUUACCAAAUCUUAGGGCGGGGACUGUCUGAGCAGACCAUCGUGUGGGAAGGUGUGCAGGUGGAGGAGGCCCUCCCUGGCCCCCAGCCACUGCCUGCCCCACUUAACCUGACUGCCCACUGUGACUGCUGAGUCCCUGCCCUGUCUCUGCCUCCCAUGCUUCUCCUUUACUAGCACAGCCUGACAAAUUUUAUACACGUGUUGGCAAGUGAGGAACAGAACAUGGAAAAUAAAGUGAAGAAUACUGUUU